AUGCCGCAGCCAGGCCAGUCCCACGAGAAAGACCCCCGAUGGACAGCGGUUGACACCUACUCGUUCGGCCACCUCCACCCCUCCACGCGCAUAUCCCCCUCCCAAUCCGCCCUCCAACACGCCCUCGACGCCUCCCAGAAAGCCGGUCUUCCAGACAUCGCCGUCUCGCCCUCCCAAGGCAAAUACCUCCAACUCACCGCACGCCUCGCACGUUCCAAAAACAUCCUCGAAGUAGGCACAUUGGGCGGUUACAGCACCAUCUGGCUCGCAACAUCCAGUCCCAACGUAAAAGUAAUAAGCGUCGAAGUCGAUACGCACCACGCCAAUGUCGCACGGUCGAAUAUCCAGACCGCGGGCUUGGAAGACAAUGUGGACGUCAUGGAAGGGCCUGGUAUGGACGUCCUUCCUGCUCUGGCACAGCAGGUUAGAGACGGCAAGAGGCCGAAAUUCGACUUCGUCUUCAUCGACGCGGAUAAGGAGAAUAAUUGGAACUAUGUGGAUACAGCGCUCGGUAUGUGUGAGGCGGGUGCGUGCGUUAUCGUGGAUAAUGUGGUGCGGAAGGGGCAGUUAGCGGAAGAGACGGAUGAUCCGAGGAUUGCGGGGGCGAAGAGGGUGGUGGAGAAUGUGGGGAAGGAUGAGAGGCUGGAUGGGGUGGUGUUGCAGACGGUGGGGGAGAAGUCCUAUGAUGGGUUCUUGCUUGCUGUUGUGAAGUAG